AUGCCUCCCAUCCCACCCCACGUCAACCCUCUCCCCCGCCUCAUCACAUACUACCAAACCCACCAUGACUCCUCCGGCAACCACAUCUCCAUCCUCCCCCUCGUCACCCAACCCUCCGUAUCCAUAACUCACCUCAUCCUCGCCGCCAUCCACGUCAACUCGGACCCCGACAACCUCACCCUCAACGACCACCCCCCCGACCACCCGCGCUUCCAGCCCCUCUGGGCCGAGCUGCGCGUCCUGCAGGCGUCCGGCAUCAAGGUCCUGGGAAUGCUCGGCGGCGCCGCAAGGGGCACGUACCUGCGCCUGGACGGCCCCGACGACCAGUUCGAGACCUACUACGCUCCGUUGCGGCGCCUUGUCCGCGGCGCAGCUCUGGACGGGCUGGACCUGGACGUGGAGGAGGAGGUGAGCCUCGGCGGCAUCGUCCGGCUGAUCGAUCGGCUCCGGGCAGACUUUGGCCCCGGCUUCGUCAUCACCAUGGCGCCCGUUGCCAUGGCCAUGCUGGAUCCGGCCAAGAACCUGAGCGGCUUCGACUACGAGGCGCUCGAGGUCAUGCGGGGGAGGGAGAUAGCCUGGUACAACACGCAGUUCUACUGCGGCUGGGGGAAUCUCGGCAGCACGCUCAUGUACGACCUGAUGCUGCGCAAAGGCUGGAGCCCCGAGAAGCUGGUCGUCGGCGUUGUGACGAACCCUGCCAACGGAACUGGCUUCGUGCCUUGGGAGAUGCUUGCCGCUGUUGUGGGCAUUUUGCAUAGACGCCACCAGCAGUUUGGAGGCGUCAUGGGAUGGGAAUACUUCAACAGCUUGCCCGGCGACGCCGCAAGACCCUGGGAGUGGGCCAGCAAUCUCUCUUCUCUGCUCAGGCCUCAUUCUUUGGAGCCUGUGCCCGACUCGGCGACUACUCGAGGCACACGGUGCGACCAAGAAUGUCAGGUUGAUCCAGACCCCGUAACAAGCUUGAGCCUUCCGCUGGAACUGCCCACAGAGUUUGACUAUCACUCCGACGGUCACGCCCAAGACUGA